UUGAAUUAUCACAACACUUGACCAGAAAUUGAAGUGGCCAACGGCUAUGCAUGCAUUGAAUCUCCGCCGAUGAAAUUAAGAGGGCCACUGAUGAUGCAAUUUCUACCUUCCUCAGCCACAGUUUUAACAUCAUCAAACCAUAUAAGAAGUUUCGUUUCAAAGGGUCUCUAUGACCAAACGCUUGAGUUGUACAAGGAGCUUCAUGUCCAUGGUUUUCACGCUAUUUCAUCUAUUCUUCCAUCAGUCAUCAAAGCAUGCUCUUUUGCACAGCGUUAUGGUUUCGGUUUCCAGCUUCACUGUGUAGGCAUCAAGACAGGCUUGGAUUCAGAAGCUGUUGUGUCCAAUUCCAUCAUCUCUAUGUACGCCAAGUUCUCAGACGCUCAAUCGGCAUGUAAAGUGUUCGACAAAAUGCCUCACAGAGACUCCAUCACUUGGAAUUCCAUGAUAAAUUGUUAUUUACAAAACGGAUAUGUCAUAGAAGCUUUGCAAACGUUAAAGGAAAUGUAUUCGUUUGAUCUUGUUCCAAAGCCAGAGUUGUUGGCCAGUUUGUUAUCCAUGUGCGGAAAAAUAGGUUUGAGUGGAGGAAGACAGAUUCACGGUCUUGUUAUUGCUGAUGAGAGAAUAGAAGAAAAAGAGUCAGUUUUCCUAUCAACAGCUUUGAUGGAUUUCUAUUUUAAAUGUAAUGAUUCUCUAAUGGCUUCUCGUGUGUUUGAUGGAAUGACGGUGAAAAAUGAUGUUUCAUGGACUGCUAUGAUAUCUGGGUGGAGUUCUGAUCAAGAUUAUGAGAAAGCUUUGGCACACUUCAGAGCAAUGCAGGCUGAGGGAGUUGAACCAAAUAGAGUUACAUUAAUUGCUCUGUUACCAGCUUGCGCAGAGCUAGGCCUUGUGAAGCAUGUGAAAGAGAUUCAUGGCUAUGCACUCCAUAGUGGUUUUGAAUCAGACCAUAGUUUUUUAUCAGCUCUUAUAAAUAUGUACUCUAAAUUUGAGGAAUCAUUUCAUCUUUCUGAGUUAAUUUUCAAAAGGUCAAGUUAUCAAGAUGUGGUGUCAUGGAGUUCAAUGAUUGGGGGCUAUUCUCAAAGAGGGGAUGGUUACAAUGCCUUGAAGCUUUUCAGACAGAUGAUGUUGGAGGGAACAGAACCAAACUCUGUAACAAUGCUGGCUGUAGUUUCUGCUUGCACUAUCUUAUCUUCACUAAGGCAUGCUUGUCGAAUCCAUGGUUAUAUCUUGAAACUUGGCUUAGAUUUUGAUAUCUGCCUGGGCAAUGCACUUAUAAAUAUGUAUGCUAAGUGUGGUUGUCUGGAUGAUUCACACAAGAUAUUCCAAGAAAUGCUGAACCGAGAUUCAGUUUCAUGGAGUACUUUGAUUAGUGCAUAUGGCCUGCAUGGAUGUGGUGAACAAGCUUUAAAACUUUUCUAUGAUAUGAAAAACAGAGGAAUGAAGCCAGAUUCCAUCUGUUUCCUUGCUGUUUUAUAUGCUUGUAAUCAUUCUGGCCUUGUAGCUGAGGGACAGAAGUUAUUCAAACAAAUAAGUGAAGAUUACAAAUUACCAUUAACCAUAGAGCAUUAUGCAUGCGAAAUUGACCUUCUGGGAAGGUCAGGGAAGCUUGAAGAUGCUUUAGAGAUAGUGAGAACGAUGCCAAUGAAACCUAGCCCAAGAAUAUGGAGCUCUCUGGUAUCAUCUUGUAAGCUUCAUGGAAGACUGGACAUUGCAGAAAUGCUAGCCCCACACCUUAUAAGAUCAGAACCAGAAAAUGCAGCCAAUUAUAACUCGUUGAAUAUGAUUUAUGCAGAACGUGGUCGUUGGUUUGAUAUUAAACAAGGGAGAGAAUUCAUGAAACUUCGAAGAUUAAAGAAAUGCUAUGGAUUCAGCCAAAUAGAGACAGAAAUUAGAAACUAGGAAAAAAAUUUUGUAGAACAUAUUUGAAUUCUUUCAUACCACAGGCGUCAGAGGACGAGAAAAUCCAUGUGCUUAGAAUAACAAGAAACGACGCUCUGUUGAUGCGAAACAUCCUCAUCACCAUCUAUGAUGGCCUAUGUGAGUAAAUCAGGAUUAGUCUCCUCAAGUUUUACCCAGACCGAUGUUGUAGAUCUUAUUCAGCGUAACAGGAGUCAGGAAGGAAUGGAAUAAGCAAAUUAUUGAUGCAUAUUAUUCUCUAGAGGUCAAGUAACAUAUCCUCGAAACCCCUUCAAUCUUUCGUCAAACGGAAGAUAAACAACUUGUUUGGAACAAAGAUAAUAAAUGAGUGUUUCAAUCCAAGAAAGCUUUUGAGGAACUAGCGAUGCAAAAGGGUUCAAAUACAGGCUCACCGAGUUAUUAUAGAUGUAGUUAUGGAAGCUGGAACAACCACUAAUGGAGUGAUAGAGAUGCGGCGGGUAAAAGUAUUAUAUUACUCUUGUUCUCAGUAUUUAGAAAGCUAGGAAUCAAACUUUCCAUGAAAGGAAGGUAGAGCCUCAGCAAUUGGCUCACCAGAUUCAAGAAACUAUUUUAGUGACCCUCGGGUGCACUUUAGAGACCAGUCUGAUGUAGCUAUAGUGACAAGCAGACCAAGGUGGCCAUUCAUAAUCCAAGUCCUCAGACGGAAAGGUGAGGUUGGACCACGAGUUUGGAAAAAAUAAGACCGAGUAGGUUUCAUCAGCCCUAUGGUCGGAUCUGUGAGGAACAAUGAUCGUUUGGAUGUCGGUAGCUCAGACCUCAAUAUAUUGUGUGCUUUAACAAGCAGUUCAUAUCUUACUUAGAUACUAGCCAUGGAUACAUAGAUGGAGAUCCAAUCGGACAAGACAUCACCAGUGUAAUGUCAAUUAUUUUUCGAAUCUUCAGACAACUGCUUCAAUGUUGUUGUGCACUUUUAAUAGUAGAGGUUCAUUCAUCAGAAA